AUGUCGGCUGUUGUGAAUAAAGCUUGGAUGAAUGAACCAGACAUAUUUAGCAAAACAUAUAGAGAUGGGGUUAAAUUUUUUAUGAAUUAUGCAGUUACAUAUGGUAAUUCGGACACAACAUGUUCUUGCCCAUGCUCUAAGUGUCAAAAUGGGAAACGUUUGGAAAUGUGGGAAGUGAGGAAACAUCUUUCUGAGAAGGGUAUUGAUAGGAGUUAUGUUGUUUGGUUCUUUCAUGGAGAAAAAGAGGGUGAUAGUACGAUAAGACGUCCAAGUGGUAAUUUUAUACCAACUGAAAUGAAUGAUGAGCAAUCUAGAGAAGGUGUAAUAGAAGAUUUGGGUUCCUUUGUCGAUGCUGCUUAUGGAGUUUUUGAUCGGGGUGAUGGUGUUAGUGGUAAUGAAGAAGUUGAAACUGAAGAAUUUGUUCCUGAACCAGAUUUGGGGAAGCGAUAUUACAGGUACAAACAGUUGUCUGAAGACAAGUUGUAUCAUGGUUGUAAUACUAGCAUCCUAGCUGCAAUUGUGGAGCUGCACAAUGUGAAGAAAACAUAUAAGAUUUCAGCUAACUGUGUAAAUAGUUUGUUGGGUGUGAUAAAGGGUUGGUUGCCGAAAGGAAACAAUUUGCCAGUAAAAUACACAGCGAUGAAGUCGGUGCUCAAAGAUCUGGGGAUCAAAGAAAAGUCGAUUCAUAUGUGUGAGAAUCAUUGUAUUUUGUAUUACAAAGAGAAUGAAGAUUUGAAAAGCUGCCCGGAAUGCCUCGCACCAAGAUAUAAGGUUAAGGUUGAUAAAUUUGGGGAAGAGCUUUCAUCGAACGAGCCUUCCAAGGUAUUGAGAUAUUUUCCCCUUGGGACAAGGCUCAAGAGAUUAUAUACGGUACCUUGGAUAGCACGUGCAAUGACAUGGCACGAUCGAGCAGAAGUUUCUACAGAUUAUAUGCGUCAUCCGGUUGAUUCAUCUCAAUGGGAUUUAGUGAAGAAGAAGUUUCCUGAGUUCGAAAAUGAGGGCAGAAAUGUUUGGCUUGGAAUUGCAACUGAUGGAUUUAAUCCUCAUGGUAUGCAGUCUCUGAAUUAUAGUUGUUGGCCUGUGAUAGCGGUUGUGUACAAUCUUCCUCCUUCCUUGUGCAUGAAACCUGAGUUCCAAAUCAUUAAGAUGUUGAUUCCUGGGCCUAAGGCAUCGGGGCAAGAUAUUGAUGUAUGUCUCCAUGUGCUAGUAGACGAGCUGAAAGAUCUGUUUGAGAAUGGGAUAUCAGCUUUUGAUACACACAAAGAGGAAUCAUUUCAGCUGAGGGCUACUUUAAUGUUUGGUAUUCAUGACUUGCCAGCACAAGGUAAUAUGUCUGGAUGUACCACACACGGCUAUUUCGCAUGUGUACAUUGUGCAUACAAGACUCGAAGUGUGUAUCUGUUAUACGCAAGAAAGAAUGUUUACCCUAAUUAUCGGAUAUACCUCAGGGGUAAUCAUCCUUUAAGGAAGGGAGAGAACUUGGGAUUAGAAACUAAUGAAACUAAAAAUGCUCCAAAGCGACUGUCAGGAAAGAAGUCGUUGGAGAAACUAGCAAAUGUGACUUACAAACCUGGUAAAUUGGUAGUAAGAAGCAAGGCGCCGAAAAUAAAGAGAUAUGAUCCCGAUGCCGAUGAUGAUCCUGAUGGCGAUGGUGUUGACGAAGAACUUACCGGUGCAUUCUAUAAGGAGUCCAUCUUUUGGGAACUGAAGACCUAUCGUAUCCUGUAUUUCCGUCAUUGUGUAGAUGUAAUGCACACUGAGAAGAAUGUAAUGGAGCAUAUACUUGAGACGAUCUUUGAUAUUGGUAAUAAGUCUAUGAAAUCGUGGAAUGCAAGGGAUGAAUUGAAUAAGCUUGGCUUGCAUUGUGGACAGUGGACUACCAGUAAACCUUGGAGCGCAGUUUAUGGAAAACCAAUAUUUGUCUUAAGCAAAGCUGAGAAGGAAUCAUUUUGCAAGAUUCUUAAAUACCUCAAAUUCCCUUCUGGUUUGGCGUCGAACCUGAGCAACAAUGUUAAUACAAAGAAUUCAAGUUUCAGUAACUUCAAAUCCCAUGACUAUCACGUCAUUAUGGAGUAUUUGCUACCUGUUUGUCUUCAGCAUGCUUUUCCAAAGCACCCUGAACUGCGUCGCGCACUUCACCAGGUCAGUUUGUAUUUCAGAUUGCUUUGCUCCAAAGUCCUAAGCAAAAUUGUACUGCAAGAGGCUAAAUUCAUGGUUGCCGAGUCAAUGUGUGUGUUGGAAAAGUAUUUUCCAGCUUUAUUUUUCGAUAUAAGUGUUCACCUCAUGGUUCAUUUGGCUGAUGAAGCAUUGGUCUGUGGACCCGUUAGAUAUCGGUGGAUGUACCCCUUUGAAAGGGCAAUGAAGGAGUUCAAAAACAUUCCCAAUAACAAAAGAUACAUUGAAGGGUCUAUUAAGGAGAACAACCUCGUAAAUGAAGCAGUCACGUAUGCCAUGGAGUACAAGUCAAAGCCACGCGAUGGCAAUCACCAAGCCAGUUGGGAGGCCUUUCUCGGAGAAGAGUCAGAGUAUAGUGAUGUAGGUCCUAUGGGUAAAAAAGGAACGACAGUAAUGCUCUCUUCCAUGCAAUUUAUACAGAUACGGAGGUGGGUGCUUUUUCGAUGUAAUCCAGAUGGUCUUGCUGAUUAUUAUAGGUAUCAUGAAGAAAUAGAUGGUUGUCAAGACAGUGGUGUUUGCAUGACAGCAAACACCACAUUUAGGAGCAAGAAAGGCGAUAAAAAUCCCAAAACUAUAUUGACCAAGUGGUAUGGGGUUGUUAAUCAAAUUUUAGAGUUGUACUAUGGUCAAUUUACUGAAGUUGUGUUUUACUGUGACUGGGUGAAAGCUGGAAGUGGCAGCAAAAUUUGUCCGGACUCGGAUUUGGUUUUGGUGAAUCUGAAGAGAAUGAGGGAUUCCGAUAAUAUGAGGGACGAGCCUGCAAUUCUCGCUGAAGAGGCAAGUGGAGUGUUUUACUCCAAAGAUUCAAAAAAUGCUGAUUGGUGGGUUGUUAUCCAUUCACCCCAGAAGAUGAUGUGGGGAAUUGAUAAUUUGGAGAAACCCGAAGUUGGCAGUUUUCAACAACUAUUGUUAGAUGAACCAAAUUUACGCCCUUUUUUUACGUCCUUUGACUAA